GGAAGCGCAACCGGGUGAGCGCGCGUUUCCGCUGCGAAAGGGCAUCGGUGCGCUCGGCUUGGAGAUGCCGGGCACCUCUCCGGGUGCUUCGGGGUCACGACAGCCAGAGUCGCGCGAAGACAUGAGUGACACCGGAGGGGCCUGCACGCGCCUCAGGAGCUACCCCCGGCUCCCGGUGUGGGUGGUGGAAGAUCACCAGGAGGUUCUGCCUUUCAUAUACCGGGCCAUAGGUUCGAAGCAUCUUCCUGCCAGUAAUAUAAGCUUUUUACAUUUUGACUCACAUCCGGACCUCCUUAUCCCUGUGAAUAUGCCAGCGGACACUGUGUUUGAUAAGGAAGCACUCUUUGGAGAAUUAAGUAUUGAAAAUUGGAUCAUGCCUGCAGUUUAUGCCGGCCAUUUUUCUCACAUAAUAUGGCUUCAUCCCACAUGGGCUCAGCAAAUCAGAGAGGGCAAACACCACUUCUUAGUAGGCAAAGACAUUUCUACCACCACAAUCAGGGUUACCAGUACAGAUUAUUACUUCCUAAGUGAUGGUCUGUUUGUACCUGAAGACCAGCUAGAGAACCAAAAACCAUUGCAGUUGGAUGUCAUCAUGGUAGAACCUUACAAACUCUGUAACAGUCAGGAUGACAGUGACUCCGUGUCUUCUGCAAAGAGGCCCAAGCUGGCACUGGGCGGUAGAGAGAGCACUUCCUCUGCUAAUGGAGACCCUUGCUCAGAAGGACUGCCAGGGGAUGCAGGGACCCCAAGAAGUGACCAUGCUUGCCAAGAGCCAUCACACUCAGGUUGUGGAGGCCAGCAGUGCCAGAGCCCAGCCAGCGCUGGGGGCAUUCUGGAGAUGGUGAAGGAUGGAGAUGCAUUUGUUUUAGAUAUUGACUUGGAUUUUUUUUCUGUCAAAAAUCCCUUCAAAGAAAUGUUCACUCAGGAUGAGUACAAAAUUCUACAGGAGCUUUACCAGUUUAAAAAACCUGAUAGUAACCUUACUGAGGAAGAUUUGGUAGAUAUUGUUGACACUCGAACUCACCAAUUAGAAGACUUAGAAGCAAUUUUUGCUGAUUUGUGUGACGGUGAUGGUGAAGAAACUGUACAGAGAUGGGCUUCAAACCCUGGAAUGGAAUCACUAGUUCCACUUGUACAGAGUUUGAAAAAACGGAUGGAAAUACCAGACUAUGAAAUGGUUCACCAGGCUGGACUAACCUGUGAUUAUUCAGAACUCCCUCAUCACAUCAGCACAGAAGAAGAAAUUGAGUGCCUUAUUCAGUCUGUGUAUUAUCUACUGAAAAAUCUUCCAAAGCCUACUCUUGUGACAAUCGCAAGGUCAAGUCUGGAUGAUUACUGUCCUCCUGAACAGGUUGACAACAUUCAGGAAAAGGUCCUCAAUGUGCUGAGCUUACUCUACGGGACCCUGGACACUCACCUGGUGUAUUCAGACGAGUCUCCUCCAUGUUGAGGCACACGGAGCACUAGGCUCCUGUGCAGUUCGGUACAGCAGCAGGGCUUUUGUUUGUGAGUCUUCCAGAGGACACUUUCAUCUUUUGGCUUUUCGAGACAGGGUGUCUUUGAGUAGCCUUGACUGUCCAGGAACUUGCUCUGUAGACCAAGCUGGCCUCAAACUCACAGAGAUCCGCCCGUCUCUGCCUCCCAGUGCUGGGAUUAAAGGCGUGCGCCAUCACUACCCAGCCAGAGUGCAUUUUUUAUGUUAACUUUCGGUUGAAAUCAGUCAGAUAUUUUGAAUCUCAAGCAAAUAUCAGUUGUUGAAUACGGCAAUUGAGGUAGAGGUAGGCGAUGUUUGUUAGUUUGGUUUUAUUGUUUUUACGUCGAAUCUGUAAACCCCAGUUGAUGGGGACUCUUGGCUCUAUCUUUCUUGCUUUCCAUGUUGUCUUUGAUUUCGUGAGAGAUUUUUUUCUCUUCCCCAGACAGAGCUUUGGAUUAAAUGAGAUUUAUUUAUUUAUUCAUUCAGCUGGUGCUUAUUUUAGCACUCUCCUCUGCCCGACACUGCUAAAGACAAGAUGCCCUCUUGUCCUCCUGGGGGACACGGGAGAAGCAAUGAUGGGCUCUGGACAGUCUCAGGGAAAGAGAACAGAUGCAUCUCGGGCACGCAGUCAGCGCUCAGGCACCCUGGCUUUCCAGGAAGUAACAGUCUCAAAAGUGAUGCAAAAAGCUCCUUGCCAGGCCAGGAAACUGUCAUACCAAGGCUGCCUGUCUAAGGACGUUGGAAUUGUGCCCACGCUUUUGCUAAAUGUUCUCCAGCAUUUUUUAUGCCAGAGGUCUGGUUGAGUAAAAAAAAAAAAAAUCCU